GUUCUGAGACUGUGAGGAUCAAGGAAACCCCUUGCCAGGCGACUGGCUUUCAAUCUCAUUUAUAUCCGAUUGCUUGAGAAUUAAAACAGAACACAAUGUUUCUGUUACUUUGGUCCUUGUUCGGCAUGGCCCUUGGAGUUUCAACAUCUUGGAAACCCAUUAUUCCAGCUCAACAUAGUACAAGUAUACUUCAUCAAGAAGCUGCAGCGUAUGGUGAACCAAGCCAUUCGAUCUACAAUAUUGAUGACAUUCCAUUGUCACAAUUCUUAACUCACCAGGAUCAAGACACCUGUGCACUUUACAAGACUAUUUUCAAUCAAAAGCUCUACUUUGAAUACAUUCAUUAUAAAUUUAAUAUGCCAGAGCUCAAGGAAUUUACACUGUGUACUUGGACCAAAUUUACCAACCAUACAAAUGACCAUCCACUGUUUUCUUACGCAGUUGAUGAUCAGCCUCGUGCAAUUCUUGCCUGGAUUGCAAACUCUCCACGAAGUUCAUAUUACAUGAUGAAUAUAGACGGGCAUAAUCUUUAUCGCUUGAACUACCCUCUAAGACUGAAUAAGUGGUAUCACUCAUGUCAAAGUUGGAACGGUCGUUCAGGAGAGUGGCAAAUUUGGGUCAAUGGUGAACGUGUAGGUCGGGGAUUUAAUAAUCGGUUGGUUGGCCAUGUAAUCCCAGGAGGUGGUAUAGCAAUUUCUGGUCAAGAACAAACACAGCUAGGUGGAGGAUUUCUUGAAGGAGAAGGAGCCCCUCCAGGAUCAGGGGGAAUGCUCGGAGAAUUAACUAUGGUACAACUUUACAACGUAGCAUUGACCGCAGGAAAAGCUCACAGAGACCACAAGCAUCAUCAUGCUCAUCAUUAUGAACAUGAUACCAGUAACAAUUCACCCAGAACUACUACACAAGCACCAGUAACUGGUCCACCACUUCCAGCACACCCAUUCCUAACUGGAGGACAAAUUAAUCACCAAGUUAAACUUAAUCCAGGAGCAAAUUUACAAAUCGUGAAAAAUGGAGUUAUUCUACGACACCCAAGUCUACCACCGCCAUCAGUACCAAUGAUUCUUCCUCCAGUAAAUCCAAGCACACCAUUGCCAAUUCCUCCGCCAAGCACCAGUUUUAAAUCAAGCUAUGGAACAACACAAUUCUUUCCAAAACGAUUCCCUUCAGUAUUUACUUUCUCCACGCCAAAAAAUCCAAUAGACGACUAUAGUUUUUCAACCCCUAAGGCUCCUAUUGAUCACUACAACAGUUUUGUGGACAGUCAAUAUCACAACCUUUUCAAACGAGACAAAAUUUCGUCGAAACGUAGUUCUGAUGAAGGCUCAGAUGAUGUUUUAAAAAUUGAACAAUUUGAAUCGAAGAAAGAAAUAUCAAAGAGAGAGGUAGGAGAUGGAAAAGUAAGUUUUAUUGAACGAGAAGAAUCAGCUGAGGAUAAAAAAGCGGUAGUGAAACGCGAUUCAGAAAAGAAAAAACGUGGAAUUCUACAGUUAUCUGAUGGUUCGGUGAUUGAUGAUGGUUUUUUGACUCCUCAAACUUUAAGCAAUGAUUAUUUCUCUGGCUUAGCAAGUUUUGGUAUUCAACAACCAGAACAUUCAACUAAAGAUGAAGAACGCGAGCCAGCGGAAGCUGAAGUAAAAAUGGUGAUGAACGUUUGCGAUGGUUGCACCCCAGAUCCAUUUGAAAAAGCUCUUGUAAUGGACUGGAGAAGUGUUCCUAAAAAACUCUACUCCGGCGCUCUUUGGGUGCCAGCUGUUCAAGCCUGUAAAGCUUUUUAAUUGAUCGUUUAUGUCUUCAGUUUUAGGUUUUUUGAUUAAACAUAAUGUUAGAUUGAAUAGUUAAGGAGAAUAAAAGUAGAUCAAGACUAUCGUAGGAUAAAAUAUGUUGAAGAAACUAAUGGCUUCCAAACUGUUUUCUUAAGACAAAUUUUUCCAUUUUCUUUAUUCGUUCGUGUUUUAUGGUGCUGGAAAUUCGAAAAGGAAUUCAAUAAGAUCUAAUGAAUCUUAUUAAGCACCAGCCAUUUAGCGCCUGUCGUUUUUCGACUUUUUUGUGUAAAUGUUUUAUUUAUAAUCCAUUUUAUAAUUGAGUCACAUUAUGCAAAAAUUAAUUGAUCUAAAAAGAAACUUCAUAUUUCCUUUCUCUAUAAAAAAUGUGAAAGCGUUUUUUUCUGUUAGUCUAAGAAAGUUUCAUUCAUUAAUGAUUUUUGCAUAAUGUAAUUUGAUUUAUUUUGAAUGUUAAAUGUUGCAUUUUUGUACAGAACUUUAAUUUUAAAACUUCAUAGCUUCUAGAAUAUGAUCUAAAGUA